GCUGCUCACAGUUUGCGACGACGAGCUCAGCUUGAAGCGCGGCGAUGGCCGACUAUAAACCGGUCGUCGUGCAACGGCAUGCAAGGCCAUCAUCCACAAAGCACAAUAUCGAGAGCAGAUACUGGCGACAGUUUAAAUAUCCCGUCUUCAUAAAGGAAUACGCUCCUGUCACCUCUGUACACUUUUCACCCACGAAACCUCAUCGCUAUGCUGUCACUGCUGCGACCCGCGUGCAAAUAUAUGCACCAAGAACACAAAAGGUUACCAAAACUAUUUCGCGGUUUAAGGAUGUCGCGAGGAGCGGACAUAUACGAGGAGACGGCAAGCUUGUUGUGGCGGGGGAUGACACCGGCUUGAUUCAGGUCUUUGACAUCAACUCGCGUGCCAUUCUCCGUACCCUGGACUCGCACAAGCAGCCUGUACAUGUCACCAAGUUCUCCCCUGUUGACCAUACCCAGAUUCUCUCGUGCUCAGACGACACAGCUGUGAAGCUUUGGGACGUACCAUCACAGUCGGAGAUUAUUACCUUCAUCGACCACACCGACUACGUUCGUUCUGGCCAGGUCGCGCCUUCAAAUCCCAGCCUCAUCCUCACUGGCUCGUACGAUGCAACAGUACGGUUAUUCGAUGCGCGCACAGGCGAGUGCGAGAUGGUUAUGGGUGGAAGCUCGGGCGAGGGUGGUGGGCGGAACACUGCGCCGGUCGAACAGGUCCUCAUGUUUCCAUCUGGAACUGUCGCAUUGUCGUCCGCGGGGCCCAUCUUGCGUGUUUGGGAUUUGGUCGCGGGUGGACGCUGUACGCGUGCGAUAUCAAAUCACCAGAAGACGAUCACCGCCAUGGCGUUCAAUGGAUCUACCAGCCGGCUGCUGACCGGAGGUCUGGACCAGAUGGUAAAGGUGUACGACGUGAGUACGUACAAGGUUGUACACACCAUGCGUUACCCUGCACCCAUUCUUUGCCUGGCUGUUUCGCCCGAGGAGACACACAUCGCUGCCGGUAUGACCGACGGUACUCUGUCCGUGCGGAGACGUCAAGCGAAGGCCUCAGAAUCCUCUGCCAACGAUCUCUUCUCCUCAGCCGCACUUCGUGCAGGCGCGUAUGAGUCCUUCCUCGGCAGUCUUCCAUUGAUUGGCCGUGGCCGUGUGAAGUCAAAACGGGAGUCGAAGCCGGUUGGGGAUGUAGGCGAAUUUCGGAUCGAGAGUAAACGCAAGAAGCGUCUAAAGGAGUACGACAGGCUAUUGAAGAGCUUUAAGUACUCGGACGCGUUGGACUCGGUGCUUCGCAAGAAUGUGCCGCCAACGACAACCUUCUCCCUCAUACAAGAGCUGGUACAUCGGGAUGGUCUGAGGACCGCCCUGGCGGGACGCGAUGACGUUCUGCUAGAACCGAUCCUGCGCCUUCUGCUAAAACAUGUCGCCGACCCACGAUUUGGCGAAAUGGUCUGUGACGUCUCGAAUGUUGUCAUUGAGAUGUACACGCCAGUCCUCGGCCAGUCACCCCUGAUAGAUACCCUCUUCCUCCGAUUGCGCAAAAAGGUGGCCGCAGAACUACGCUUCCAGCAAGAGCUCGUCAAAGCGCGAGGCGCGCUGGAUAUGCUCUUUGCUUCGGCAGCGCUCGCCUCGGUGCAGCAGCCCUAG